ACGGUGAAUGUCAAGCGCGGAAAGAAGCAGAAAGUUGCCUGCCUGGAAGUUUUCUCGGGAUUUCCGCUUAAAAACAGUCGUGGGUGUGAAAAUCCUGCUGGGAAAAAGUCCUCCAAGCUAGCCAAGUACUUGCAGUACACCUACGCAUCGAAUAACCUAAAAAUAAAGCUCCUGAACGGCCUCUAACAUGUCGGAAAGAUCGAAAGGUGACGUGUCUCGCAUAAACAACAAUGCAAAUCCGACGCGUGUCGUUAAAAAUCCGCUUUUGAGCGCCUCCGUGACCGGCCUGAGUUUCGAUGACUUUCCCAACAAGCCGCAGCUGCUGCCCGCCGCCCCGCCCGUGGUCCAUGCCACGCCCCCAGCGGCCCCCGUCCUCAUCGCUGGCAUCUUGAACCGCGAACCCAAAACAUUGGUUACCGUAGGCCAGCCAUCCAGCAUUGACGACAACGAGGCGCUCGACGAGAUUAACUUGAAUACCAGCAGCGAAGAUUCAAUUGGCGCUGGAGGAUCGAGUCCAUAUCAAGGAGCAGGCGAUCAAAACGCCAAUCCCCUGUUGGAACCACUUCAAGAAGCUGGCAACGAUUCGCUGCUGAGCCAGGCGGCCUCCUCCUUCACCGCCCUGCCAUCAGUGGCCUCCAAUGUGUUUUCCACAUUCUCGAAGCGAAUCUAUUCCGGCAGCAGGGAGUCCUCGGAGGAGCCCAAAUUGGACAUCCAGCCCACAUAUAUUCAGCAGGCCAGCUACGUUCAGCCAGUAGCUCCAGUACCCGCUCCCUUCUACGCAGCUCCUCCAGCGGCGGCGAACGAAGUGGUCGCCCCCGAACCACCCAAGUUCUACGCACCCACUGAGAUUCCGGCACCGACCGCAGGAGUUCCUGGUCCACCGCCCGCAGCAGGAAAUCCCAACACUUAUCGAUUCACCGCCAGAAAGAAGCUAUACGCGCCCAUUCCUGGAUUAUCAGAGCAAUCCGGACAAGGUGCACAGAUUCCCCAGGCUCCUCAAGCGAUUCCGUCGUUCCAGACGCCACCGUAUCCACCACAGCCGACUCCCGCAGCAAAUCCUGCUCCUUUUGACAUAUCAGCUCAGCCAGCUCCAGUUCCAGUAGAAGAGCGCAAAUCAGGAAGUGGCCUGUUCUCGCUGACCAGUCUUGUGCCUACGGGAGUUCUGCAAAACAUCUCGGGACUUGUGCAAUCCGCCACCGGCCGAAGCAGUGAGCCAGAAUAUACCAGUCCUCCUCAGCCAACAGGAGGCUACUUCGACGUUUCAACCGGACCACCAGCUCCAUCAGCAAACCUAUUUGGAGUUUCAAAUCCAGGAGUACCACCGGGAGGUAACUAUUUCGUACCUGGUCCCGCUCCAUCCCUACCCUCAACCGAGGUAGUAGCUCCCACUGCUGUGGGAACUUUCUUUGCGCCACCAGUUCCAUUGCCUGGAGCACCACCAGCAGCAGCACCUCCAGUUGUUGGUGCAUUCUUUAGUCCUGCACCGACAUCAAUAGUCCCAGGAGUUCCGCCUUCAGUUUUCACUCCAGGAGCAGCUCCACCUGUUUCCAUACAAGGUGUUCCAUCAAUUCCUUUAAACGCAGCAGCAGUACCACCAGCAAGUCUCCCGCCAAGUUCUGCAGUUGGAGGAUUCUUUACACCUGCAUCGGGAACAAUCACCCCGGGAGUUCCGCCCUCGGUUCCUUCUGUUUUCAAUCCAGAAGCUGUUCCUCCUGUUGCCCCACCAGCGGUUCCAACAAUACCUGUAUCGGCAACAGCAGCACCACCUCCAAGCCUUCCUCCAACAUCCGCUAUAGGAGGAUUCUUUAAUCCAGGAGAAGCACCUCCUGCUGCCAAAUCAACGGCAACACAAGGCGUAAACGCACCAGGAGUACCAUCAACAGGGUUCUUUCCCCCAGCAGCCAUUCCUCCUACUGCCCCAACUGCUUCUAAUCUCAAUCCCUUGCCAGGAGCUCCGCCUGUAGCAGCUGCUCCACCGCCAGCCGCUGGACAGGCAUCAUAUAGGCUCCAAAAGGGCACUCGCCUAUACAAGAGUCCAUUGACGGCGCAGGAAACUGCAGCAACUUCCGGAUUUGCCGCUCCUUUGCCUUCCACAUCUGUACCACCGGCAAUUUUCAACCCGUUCGGAGCACCGGCUUCAGGACCUCUUAACUCAGUGGCACAACACGAGGCUCAAGGCAACCAAGGAGUUCCAUUCGUUACACAGCCAGUGUACACUCCCGCUGUUCCCCCCAUAGGCGAAAUACCUAACAUCGGUCCAGGAUUCACCGCUCCGCCACCAGCUGUUACUCCAAUUUUUGCUCCUCAACCAGCGGCAUCAAUUGCAAGUCUUGUCCCUCCACCAGCAGCAUCUUUUGCUAAUUUUGCUCCUACGCCAGCUGCAAGUUCUGCUCCUCCGCCAGUAGCAUCAAUUGCAAGUGUUGCUCCUCCGUCAGCAGCUCCAAUUACAAGUGCUGCACCUCCGUCAGCAGCCUCAAUUGCAAGUGCUGCUCCUCCGCCAGCAGUCUCAAUCGCAAGUGUUGCUCCUUCACCAGCAGCAUCAAUCGCAAGUGCUGCUCCUCCGCCAGCAGCCUCAAUCGCAAGUGUUGCUCCUCCACCAAUAGCACCAAUCGCAAGUGUUGCUCCUCCGCCAGCAGCCUCAAUCGCAAGUGUUGCUCCUCCGCCAGCAGCAUCUAUUGCUAAUCAACCUGUUGCAAGGGUACCCAUUUUCGCCGCACCAACAAUAUCCUCUUCAGGAAUUACUUUCUUUAAUCCAAAACCAAACGAUACGGUUGCAACUUCGACAGCUUUGGAAACACUGAUCCAAGGAACUCCAUCUGUUCAAGGAAAUCCCUUGUUUGCGCCAAUAUCCUCAGCCAACUCCUUCUUUGUUCCCCAACCGUCGACGGAGUCUGCUCUCUUCACUAGUUCAGAAAGUGAAAAACUGGUCCAAGAACCCUCAUUGACCCAAGGAAUUCCAUUCUUUGCACCACCGCCAACAGGGACAGCGGGAAUAAACCUUUUUACACCACGGCCCAUCGAGGAGCAAGUAUCACCAAAAGAGGAACCCAAGCAGAUCCAGACCCAAGAGGAACAUUUAUCUGCACCACCACCAGAAAUCAAUCAAAGCGUUAACUUGUCAACGGCAUCCAGCGAAGUUCCAUUCUUUGGUCCUCCUGUUAUCGAACCUGUUGUGGAAGAUACUCCCGCUGAGUUAGUUGAUGCUCCGCCUGCCUUCCUUGGAACACCAGAGGCCAGCACUACAAAUCUGUUCCAGAGCAACACCGAGACUCAAACGGUCUUUAGUCCAUUUGCCCAAACUAAAGCUACGCCUUUGAUUCAGAAAUCUGGACCGGAAUUGGUUCCACCUCCAAUUGGAUUUUUCGCACAGCAGACCGAGGCCGAAACACUUAACCAUCCACCACUUGCCCCAUCCCCCCUGCAGAGCUUCUUUGACCCAGCACCAGGAGCAGCUGCGUCCGCGGACUUUAACUUCUUUGCGAGUCCAGGUGGCGUUUUUCCGGAUUUGCCAGUCCAGCAGGGAAUUGCACCGCCACCCCUGGCACUAGAGCCACCUACGAAAGCUGGUGACUCAAGUACUGCCCCAGCUCCUCUCGGAUUUGAGUUGCUGAGCCAAUCCCAGCAAGCGCAAGACCAAGCGCCAAGUUCAAACGAAAAUUCCUAUCCAAAUUCAAGUGUCAACUCUUUCACCGGCUAUUUUGGUGGCCCCAGUGCCCCUCCGGCACCUACAGUCGCACCUGAGCCAGUAGCAGCACCUGUUGCUCCAGUUAUAAACUGCGAUCCGGUCAAUUUCUUUGAUCAGGUGCCCCAGACUCAGUCACAAAUCCAACAAGCCAACGAGGACCAGCGCAUCCAGAACUUCUUCAACAAUCCGCCACUGCAGGAUCAACCCGCUGCACCGGGUGAACUCAAGUACGACAUUGUUCACAGUGGAGUGGCUGUGAAGCAGCUGCAGGAGCGAUCGCAGACGCCAGUCUCCAAUCUCGUCGAGCCGCCCUCAUCCGCCUGCUCCGAGUUCUCGACCCUCGCUCCAGCUCCAACUCAAAGCGAGCGCCAAGCAGUUGAGGAUCUGUUACAGCAGCACCUGGGCGAAUUGCCCGACGAUAUCCUUAGAGAGCUAAGAAUGGCCAAUGCCAACAGCGACAAGGGUCAGGUGGCCACACCUCCCGUGGCUAUACCUUACUCACCAGUAGUGGUCCAUUGGUUCUACAAGCGCAGCGUGGACACAAAGUUUAUCUGGACACCAUUCAGUCACUAUGAUUCGGCCCUACUGGAAACCAGUCUUAACCUUGACGAUUCCUCUUUGAUAAUUCCCGUGGAGGGUGGCCGCUACGAUGUGAACAUCAAGGAGCGCACCAAGACUCCCGUUUACUGGGAGGGAAAGGCCAUCGAAGUACGGCGCUGCUCCUGGUUCUACAAGGGAGUUGACUCCAAGUACGUACCCUACACCGAGGAUACCGCCGCCCUACUUGAAUCGGAAUACAAGCGAUCUGCGGAGACUGGCGAGUGGCAUCAGAAAAUCAUGUUGGGCAAUGGCGAGCAAGUGGUCUUCCACGGACCAACCGUCAUCGUGCAUUUCCUGCCGCAACAGAAUGCGGACACCUGGGGAACCAGCACACAGAGCUCCAUGCGACCACGGGUGGUCAAGAGGGAUCUGGAUGAUUUCACCAUCGAACAGGGCGAAUCACAGCGAGUGGAUCACCUGCUUUUCAUGGUCCACGGCAUUGGAUCUGCCUGCGAUUUGAAAAUGCGAUCGGUGGAGGAAGUUGUGGAUGACUUCCGGGUAAUUGCCCAGCAACUGGUUCAGUCGCACUAUAAAAACUCCACGGACAUGGGUCUGGUGGGUCGCGUUGAAGUCUUGCCCAUAUCCUGGCACGGUCACCUGCACUCCGAGGAGAUGGGCAUCGACGAAAAGCUCAAAUCCAUCACUCUGGAGUCGAUUCCACGCCUGCGAAACUUCACCAACGACACGCUGCUCGACGUGCUCUUCUACACCAGUCCGAAGUACUGCCAGAAGAUCAUGAACACUGUGGCCGAUGAACUUAACGACGUCUACAUAAAGUACCGAAUGCGACAUCCAGAAUUCAAUGGAGGAGUCUCGUUGGCAGGACACAGUCUCGGCUCCCUUAUCCUGUUCGAUUUGCUGUGCCAUCAGGAGCCACUCAAGGAAAGCGAGGAGGAGAAUAAAGAGAAUCCCGACCAACUGCCUCAGAAGCAGGCCAGUCUAAAGGUUCAGCUCCCGACCAGCGAUCUUCUGCCCAAACAAGUCAGCUACGCGAUGGGUCCGGAGGGCACUGGUCAACCAGUGAUCACAUACAACCAACUCAUAUUCCACCCGAAGAAGUUUUUCGCUCUGGGCUCGCCCAUCGGGAUGUUUGUGACCAUCCGAGGCAUCGAUAAGCUUGGCCUUGACUUCCACCUGCCCACGUGUCCGGGUUUCUACAACAUAUUCCAUCCCUUCGAUCCGGUGGCCUAUCGCAUCGAAGCACUUGUGAAUCCGGACAUGAGUGGUAUUCGGCCGGUAUUGAUUCCCCACCACAAGGGACGCAAGCGGAUGCACCUGGAGCUUAAGGAGACAAUGACACGGGUGGGAGCGGAUAUCAAGCAACGUUUUAUGGACACAUUCAAGACCACGCUGGAUAGUGUCAAUUUCCUGGCCACAGUGACGAAGGUGAAAAAGGAAGCCGAGGAAUCCCUGGAGAAGGAGACAAGUCAGACUUCUUCGCAUGCCCAUCAAAAGCAAAACGAGGAUCACGACGAGAGCUCUGUGGCCAGCUCAUCCUACAAACUAAGAAAUCGCACCGAUUCCAAUUCGACCACGGCUUCUGAACCUGAGUUUAUCGAACUUGACUUCCCGCUGGGAAAGCUGAACGACUCAAAGCGAGUGGACUACGUGCUCCAGGAAGCGCCUCUGGAGUUCAUCAACGAAUAUAUUUUUGCCCUAAGCAGCCAUGUGUGCUAUUGGGGCUCCGAAGAUACGAUCCUGUUCGUUAUGAAGGAGAUCUACGCCAGCCUGGGCAUCAGCACAGACAGCCAGGUGCCGCAGUCCUCAAUGACCAUCGAGCGACCCGUCUCCCACGAGAGCAGUGUCAGCCAUUCGCUGUUGCCGAUGUGAGUUCACCAAACCACACGAGAGCUCUGUCGGAUCGGCCGAUCCCACGACCCACACACCCCAUAACUUUAUAUAUAUUUAGUACCAAUUUAUUUAGAUAUGUUAUUUGUUAGCCGAAUCAUACAAAGAAUUUUCCAUAUGUGCAACUCUAACAUGGUUAAUGGUAUUAUCAAAGUAAGAAGUCUUUAUCGUUUGAGUGACUAAUCCGAAGUCGAGUUCUCGAGCCUUACAAAUUUACCUAUGUAUUUACCGGAUUGGCACCGCAGAGUGCUGUUUGUUAUUUUUGUAAUAUCGCCUGUGUAAUUGACUUUGUAACGUUUAUGCUAAAACAAUGUAAUGUCUAAAAUUUUUAAAAUAAAUAACCAUUGUUUUCAAA